AUGGCCUCCGCCGCCGCAUUGGAACCCGUCAAGACGGCUCUUUUCUCCAAUCCCCUCGCUAGCGCCCUGGGAGAUGCUCUCAACUCUUUCAACGAGCGGAGGGCCAAGCUAGGCCUCUCCAACCCAGGAACUAUCGAGAGUCUUUCCAAGGAAGUCCAGCGCGAUGUCUUCCUCAACAACUACAUGUUCACCGGAAUCCGCGCCGACCUAACCAAGAUCUUCAGCAUGGCUCCUCUAUUCCAGGUUUCUCACCAGUUUGCCAUGGGCGAGCGCAUCAACCCUUACACUUUUGCUGCCAUGUACGGAACAGGAAAGGUCUUCUGCCAAGGUAACCUUGAUAACGAGGGCUCUCUGUCUGGUCGAUUUAACUGGCGAUGGUCGGACAAGCUUGUUUCCAAGUCUCAGCUUUCCAUCUCCCCAGGUGGUCAAGAUAUGGCGCAGUUCGAGCACGAGUACACCGGAAACGACUUCAGCGCAUCCCUCAAGAUGCUUAACCCCUCCUACCUCGAGGGUGGUGUUACUGGUAUCUUCAUCGGAAGCUACCUCCAAUCCGUUACUCCCAAGCUUGCUCUGGGUCUCGAGACUCUUUGGCAACGACCUUCUUUGUCCCAGGGCCCCGAAUGUGCCGUCUCAUACGCCGCCCGCUACAAGUCCGCCGAUUGGAUCGCUACCGCUCAGCUCCAAGCUGCUAUGGGUACCCUGAACACCUCUUACUGGCGACGACUUUCCGACAAAGUCCAGGCUGGUGUUGAUCUGAGCCUCGGUCUUGUUCCUUCUCCUGGUGGUCUUAUGGGUGGUGGUCUCCAGAAGGAGGGUGUCACCACCAUUGGUGCCAAGUACGAUUUCCGCAUGUCUACUUUCCGAGCUCAGGUCGACUCCAAGGGCAAGCUUAGCUGCGCUCUCGAGAAGCGAGUGGCUCCUCCUGUAAUGAUGACCUUUGCCGCUGAUAUCGACCACUUUACGCAUCAAGCCAAGAUUGGUCUGGGUGUUUCCAUCGAAGCUGCCCCCGAGGAGCUCCAAGAACAACAGGAGGCCCUCGGCGCUCAGCCUCCUCCCAACAUCCCCUUCUAA